GAAACAAAUGUCAAAAUAAAUAUAGGCAAGGAACCGGCUGUGUUUGUUCCGUUUCUCGUUGUUUCCGUAUCCUGAGUGGUACUACUGCUUGGCCAGACGAUACAUCCAACAGGAUGCGCACGUAUAAACGGAAAACAAACAGAGGAUCGACUUCUGCUGAAGAGCUUCGAGAAGCCGCUGCUGAAGUGAAGGGUGGAAAAAGUAUUUCCUUGGCGGCAAGAGAAUACGAUAUAAAGCGAACUACUCUGUCUAGAUAUUGCGAGCGAAUGAAGUUUCUGAGCGUGGGCGAGAAUCCAACGAACGAGGUUCUGGAAGUAGGAUAUAAAACACCACGAAAAGUGUUCUCCGAGUUUCAAGAAAAGGAGUUAACACAUUAUAUGUUGCACAUGGCAGCGAUCUGUUUCGGAUGUUCCCCCAAAGAAGUGGGAUGUUUGGCCUACCAAUGCACCGAAAAGUUCCGGAUUCCGGAUUCAGCUGCAUGGGAGAGAAACAAAAUGGCUGGUAAAGAUUGGUUAACUAAUUUUCUGCGACGGAAUUCUACGCUAUCAAUUAGGAAGCCGGAAGCUACUAGCCUAACCCGAGCCACGUCAUUCAAUAUGACGAAUGCUACGGAGUACUUUGAAAAGUUAUCAGCUGUGGUAGAAAAAUAUAUGGAACGUAGACCAAACUGGGAUCAGAUCAUCAGAUCGGUAAAGGAAUUGGUAGGGCCAUGAGAAAGAAAUGUGGAGUAUCACGAAAGCUGAUCGAUUCGAAGUCUCGUGAAGUCUCAAGUCUCGUUUUUUGGUGUGUAAAACCUCUUUUUUGAAAGGUCAGCCGAAAAAAAAGCGAAUUCAAUGCAACAUAUGUUUAUAUUGGGCGCAUAUGAAAUAUGCUCUCCAGAAUAAUCCACCUUUCACCUGCAGCAGCUGCAAAAGCAAAGAAAAAUGAAUUGUAUACUUUGAAGAAGACUAGCCAGAUAGAUAGAUAGAAAAAAAAAAUGAGAAAUGUUAAUUUUCAUUAAUUUGUUUUUUUUCUUACUUGAUAAUAUUAGGCUGUCAAAAAAGUCCUGCGUUAUUUCCGCGAGGUGUCGUUGUAAGCGCGUAGUUCUAGUUGUAUUCAUUGUAUCGAGUCAUACUAUAGCUUGUUGGAAAGGUAUUUUUGCGCGCUAUAAUAUAGUCCUUGACGGUUUUUUGUUUGGUUAAGUCGUUCGUGAGUCGGAGUCGCAAAUAUGGAGCAAAAUAAAGAGAAAAUCCGACAUAUUUUACAGUACUACUAUGACAAAGGCAAAAAUGCAUCUCAAGCUGCCAAUAAAAUUUGUGCAGUUUAUGGACCCGAUACAGUUUCCAUUUCCACCGCACAACGAUGGUUUCAACGUUUUCGU